UGUUUUCUGGAGUUAUCCUGCUGUCGACGCCUGUGCCACGUGUUUUGUGUAAAAGUGCGUUUUUUCGUUCGCUAUCGAACUUUUCACUGAAUAUUGUUCGGUUGCGGUUUCGAACCGACGCGGCCGCUUCAUUCGGUUGCAUUUUCAAACUGAAAAAGUGAGUUUUUAGCUUGCUACGAUUGAAAACAGCAAAAAGAAACCUGACCGGCGAACUGUCACACAGCGCUUCACUGAGCUAUUCAUUUCGGUUUCACGCGUUUGGAUUGCAUUGCGAGAAUGCCCGCUUCGUUAAUACUGGCGGAUGGGACCAUCGUGCAUGGCGACAGUUUCGGUGCUGCGGUGGAUUCCGACGGCGAAGUGGUCUUUCAAACCGGUAUGGUUGGCUAUCCGGAAUCGAUGACCGAUCCGUCGUACCACGGGCAGAUUCUGGUGCUGACGUAUCCGCUGAUCGGCAACUACGGCAUACCGGACGAAGACCUGGACGAGCGCGGUCUAAUGCUGCAUUUUGAAUCGAACAACCGCAUUUGGACCGCCGGUCUGGUGGUAGGUGAAAUUUGCGACGAACCGUCGCACUGGCGCAGCAAGCUGACGCUGUCGGCAUGGAUGCGCAAGCACGGUGUACCGGGGAUCAGCGGUAUCGACACCCGCGCGUUAACCAAAAAGAUACGCGAAAACGGUACCGUUCUGGGUAAAAUCAUCCAAGGCCACCAGCCCAGUCCAAUCCCGCGGUUAACUUUCGCGAACCAGAACCUACGCAAUCUGGUUGCGGAAGUUUCGCUACCGAAAGCGGUCACUUACAACGAAACCGGAUCGCCGCGUAUUUGUGCCAUCGACUGUGGCCUAAAGCUGAACCAGGUACGUUGCUUCGUCAAUCGAGGCGCCCGGGUCGACGUAGUACCGUGGAACGCACCGCUGGAUCCGUCCGCCUUCGACGGAUUGUUCCUAAGCAAUGGUCCCGGCGAUCCAGAGAUGUGCCAGACGACGGUCGGUAACAUUCGGCGACUGCUCACGGAGGCGCAUACCGUUAAACCGAUCUUCGGAAUCUGUCUUGGGCAUCAACUGCUCGCAACGGCUGCCGGUUGCAGUACGUACAAGAUGAAGUACGGCAAUCGGGGCCACAAUCUGCCCUGCAUUCACAAAGGAACGAAACGAUGUUUUAUGACUUCGCAGAAUCACGGCUUCGCCGUGGAGGCGUCCGAUCUGCCAACAGGUUGGGAGGAGCUUUUCACCAACAUCAACGACCAAACCAACGAAGGUAUCGUGCACGAUAGCAAGCCCUUCUUCAGUGUGCAAUUCCAUCCGGAGCAUACCGCCGGACCAGAGGAUCUGGAAGUUCUUUUCGAUGUAUUUCUGGACACUGUGCGAGAGUACAAAACUGGUGGAGCCACUGACGGUGGGAUUUCGAUCAAGGAAAAAUUAAACGACAGUUUGCGAUAUCAGCCGAAGCGGGAAAUCGACUCGAGUCGGCCGAAAAAGGUGCUGCUGUUGGGUUCGGGUGGUUUGUCCAUCGGUCAAGCCGGGGAAUUCGACUAUUCGGGAUCGCAAGCGAUCAAGGCUUUAAAAGAGGAACGCAUUCAAACGGUACUGAUCAAUCCGAACAUCGCAACCGUUCAAACGUCCAAGGGUCUAGCCGAUAAAGUGUACUUUCUACCGCUAACACCGGAAUACGUGGAACAGGUUAUCAAAGCAGAACGUCCGGGAGGUGUCCUGCUAACGUUCGGAGGUCAAACGGCAUUGAACUGUGGCAUUGAGUUGGAGAAAGCGGGAAUCUUCGAAAAGUAUAAGGUUAAGAUCAUGGGCACUCCAAUCACGUCGAUCAUCGAAACCGAGGAUCGCAAAAUAUUCGCCGAGCGGGUGGCCGAAAUCGGUGAGAAGGUUGCCCCCUCCACGGCCGUCUACUCCAUACAGGAAGCGAUCGAAGCAGCCGAUAAGAUUGGCUAUCCGGUUAUGGCAAGGGCUGCCUUUUCGCUCGGAGGGUUGGGAUCCGGAUUUGCCAACAAUAGCGAGGAACUAAAACUGCUGGCACUGCAGGCACUUGCACACUCCAAUCAGCUGAUCAUCGACAAAUCGCUGAAGGGUUGGAAGGAGGUCGAAUAUGAAGUGGUUCGCGAUGCAUUUGAUAAUUGCAUCACCGUGUGCAACAUGGAAAAUGUGGAUCCCCUGGGGAUCCACACCGGUGAGAGUAUCGUGGUGGCUCCUUCACAGACACUUUCCAACCGGGAAUACAACAUGCUGAGGUCCACCGCGAUUAAGGUGAUACGGCACUUCGGAGUCGUCGGCGAGUGUAACAUUCAGUACGCCCUAAACCCGUACUCGGAAGAGUACUAUAUCAUAGAAGUGAACGCACGACUAUCUCGCAGCUCGGCUUUGGCUAGCAAAGCUACCGGAUAUCCGCUGGCUUACGUGGCCGCUAAGCUAUCACUCUCGAUUCCGCUUCCAGAGAUCAAGAACUCCGUCACUGGAGUCACGACGGCUUGCUUCGAACCGAGUCUGGACUAUUGUGUGGUGAAAAUGCCUCGAUGGGAUUUGGCAAAGUUCACGAGAGUCAGUAAGCACAUUGGUAGUUCGAUGAAGAGCGUCGGGGAAGUGAUGGCAAUCGGGCGUAAGUUCGAGGAAGCCUUCCAGAAGGCUCUGCGUAUGGUUGAUAAUGUUAAUGGAUUUGAUCCGUAUCUGAAGCAGGUCAACGAGCAGGAGCUGAAGCAACCGACUGAUAAGCGAAUGUUUGUGCUGGCGGCGGCACUGAAAGCCGGUUACACAGUGGAACGAAUCUACGAGCUGACGCAAAUUGAUCGAUGGUUCCUGAGGAAGAUGAAGAACAUUAUAGAUUUCACCGAACGGCUGGAAGAGUUGUCGAAUAUUCCGGAGAAAGAAAUGCUGCUGGAGGCGAAACAGAUCGGGUUUUCCGAUAAGCAGAUUGCGGAACUGAUCAAGAGUACCGAGCUGGCGGUUAGAGUGCAACGGAAGGAGACGGGAGUGCUGCCGUUUGUAAAGCAAAUUGAUACAGUGGCCGGAGAGUGGCCGGCCUCUACCAAUUAUCUGUAUAUGACCUACAAUGCGACGGAGAACGAUAUCGAUUUUCCUGGACAGUACACCAUGGUCAUCGGAUCAGGGGUGUAUCGAAUCGGCAGUUCGGUCGAGUUCGAUUGGUGUGCGGUUGGGUGUUUGCGUGAAUUGCGAAAUCUGGGUCGAAAAACCAUUAUGGUUAACUACAAUCCGGAGACGGUCAGUACCGAUUAUGACAUGUGCGAUCGGUUGUAUUUUGAGGAGAUUUCUUUUGAAGUUGUGAUGGACAUUUAUGACGUGGAACAACCGGAAGGUAUCAUUCUAUCGAUGGGUGGUCAGCUUCCCAAUAACAUUGCGAUGGACCUACAUCGGCAGCAGGCGAGAAUUUUGGGAACCACCCCGGAAUCGGUGGACGGCGCGGAAAAUCGGUUCAAAUUUUCCCGAAUGCUCGAUCGUAAGGGAAUCCUUCAGCCACGUUGGAAAGAACUUACGAACCUGGAAUCGGCUAUCGAGUUCUGCGAAGAGGUUGGCUAUCCUUGUUUGGUAAGACCUUCCUACGUGCUGUCCGGGGCGGCAAUGAACGUCGCCUACUCCAAUCAAGAUCUGGAGACCUACCUAAAGCACGCGUCGGACGUAAGCAAGGAGCAUCCGGUGGUGAUUUCCAAGUUUCUGGUCGAGGCGAAAGAAAUCGACGUGGACGCGGUGGCAGCGGAUGGCGAGAUUCUGUGCAUGGCAGUCAGCGAACACGUGGAAAACGCGGGAGUACAUUCCGGUGAUGCGACACUGGUUACUCCACCGCAGGAUAUCAACGCGGAGACCUUGGAACGGAUCAAACAGAUCGCGCGCGAUAUUGCGGCUUUGCUGGACGUUACCGGACCGUUCAACAUGCAGUUGAUAGCGAAAAACAACGAACUGAAAGUGAUCGAGUGCAAUGUGCGCGUUUCGCGUUCGUUCCCGUUUGUGUCGAAAACUCUGAACCACGAUUUUGUGGCCAUGGCUACCAGGGUGAUCGUGGGUUUGAGUGUAGAGCCGGUGGAUGUGCUGCACGGUUGCGGGAAGGUCGGCGUUAAGGUGCCGCAGUUCAGCUUUUCUCGGCUGGCCGGUGCGGACGUUAUGCUGGGCGUUGAGAUGGCCUCCACCGGUGAGGUUGCCUGCUUUGGCGAUAAUCGGUACGAGGCGUAUCUGAAGGCAAUGAUGUCCACCGGAUUUCAGAUACCGAAGCGGGCGAUUCUGCUGAGCAUCGGAAGUUUUAAGCACAAAAUGGAGCUUCUUCCCAGCAUUCGGGUGCUGCACAAGAUGGGCUACAAGUUGUACGCAUCGAUGGGUACCGGAGAUUUUUACACCGAGCAUGGAGUUGAUGUGGAAUGCGUUCAGUGGACGUUCGACGCGGCCGUCACCGGCGAUGAAAACGGAAGUGCCGGCGAGCUGCGCCACUUGGCGGAGUUUCUAGCGAACAAAAAGUUCGACAUGGUAAUCAACUUGCCCAUGAGGGGUGGCGGAGCCAGGCGGGUUAGUUCCUUUAUGACCCACGGGUACCGAACCCGCCGCCUGGCGGUGGAUUACUCGAUUCCGCUGGUUACGGAUGUGAAAUGCACUAAACUUCUGGUGGAGGCUAUGAACCGAAUCGGACGAGCUCCCUCGAUGAAGACGCACACGGAUUGCAUGUCCUCCAGGGCUAUGGUCAAGCUGCCGGGAUUCAUCGAUGUGCACGUGCACCUUCGGGAACCGGGUGCAACCUAUAAGGAAGAUUUCGACUCGGGAACCGCUGCGGCCUUGGCCGGUGGAAUCACACUAGUUUGCGCUAUGCCCAACACCAUUCCGCCGAUCGUGGAUCGGCAAUCAUUCCAGCUGGCGCAGGAUUUAGCUCACAAGGGAGCACGCUGCGACUACGCCCUGUUUGUCGGUGCUUCGUCCACCAAUUUUAGCACCAUCAACGAACUGGCACCGCAGGCUGCGGCCCUAAAAAUGUACCUCAACGAAACUUUUACCACUCUCAAGCUCACCGAUAUGCUGAUCUGGCAAAAGCAUCUGUCCAACUGGCCCAAACGUGCUCCGCUGUGUGUUCACGCCGAACGCCAAACGACGGCUGCCGUCAUUCUGCUAGCUUCACUAGUCGAUCGUCCGAUUCAUAUCUGCCACGUAGCUCGCAAGGAAGAAAUCCUAAUCAUCAAAGCGGCCAAGGAGCGCGGCAUCAAGAUUACCUGCGAAGUCUGUCCGCACCACCUGUUCCUAUCGACCGCCGAUCUGGAUCGCAUCGGACGCGGCAGAGGCGUAGUCUGUCCGGCUCUUUGCAGUCCCGAAGAUCAGCAGGCACUCUGGGACAAUCUGGACGUGAUCGACGUAUUCGCCACCGAUCAUGCUCCGCAUACACGCGAGGAAAAGGAAUCCUCUUCCCCACCGCCCGGUUUCCCAGGGUUGGAAACGAUCCUCCCGCUGCUGUUGAAUGCCGUCAACGAGGGUCGUCUCACGGUGGAGGAGCUGAUAGCGAAAUUCUACAAAAACCCAAAACGGAUUUUCAGCCUACCGGAGCAGCCGAACACUUACGUUGAGGUGGACUUCAACGAGGAAUGGAUCAUUCCCGAUUGUCCACCGCAAUCCAAAGCGCGCUGGACGCCGUUUGCCGGCAUGAAGGUUAAAGGGCGCGUUCACCGGGUCGUUCUCCGCGGGGAAACCGCUUUCGUCGAUGGGGUGGUUCUCGUUAAUCCGGGCUACGGGCAAAAUGUACGCGAGUGGCCGCUGAAGAAACCCACCGUGGCCGCGUCGAUGGAGAAGAUUUACAGCAGUUCCCUGGAUGGGUUGGAUCUGCUGAACAUCACCAAAACGUUGGACAACGCCCGUCCAGACUAUUGGGAUACGGAUGGUCACACGAACGAUGUCUUUGCUAAAUUGUUGGCCACCGGGGGGGCGGGUGCUGCAGAAGCGAACAAGCUUGGGGUUCACUUUGGAGAUCUUUCGAUGCGAUCGAUUUCACCGGUGCCACGGAUUCGCUGCGAUUCGACCAGUACCUACGGGAAGGAGGCUUUUACUGCCACUGGUGCUGCUGCUGCUUCUGGAGCCCCUCGGGAGAAGUGUCUUGCGGGAAAACAUAUUCUCAGCGUCGAUAUGUUCAGUAAGGAGCAGCUGAAUGAGAUCUUCAACAUUGCGCAAACAAUGCGCGGACGGGUGACGAAGGAUCGUCACCCACCGCUGGACGAUUUACUGCGCGGGAAGGUGAUGGCUUCGGUGUUCUAUGAGGUUAGCACCAGAACCAGCUGUAGUUUUGCGGCGGCCAUGCAACGGCUGGGUGGACGGGUGAUCUACAUGGAUGAAACCAGCUCGUCCGUCAAGAAGGGAGAAACACUGGAGGAUAGCAUUUUGGUGAUGGCCGGAUAUUCCGAUGUGGUGGUUUUGAGGCAUCCGGAACCGGGAGCCGUUGGGAGAGCUGCCCAUCAUUGUCGUAAACCACUGAUCAACGCCGGUGACGGCAUUGGAGAACAUCCCACACAGGCUUUGCUGGACAUUUUCACCAUCCGCGAGGAGAUCGGUACCGUCAAUGGGUUGACGAUUACGAUGGUCGGUGAUUUGAAGCACGGUCGGACGGUUCAUUCGCUGGCACGGCUUCUAACGCUGUACAACGUAAAUCUACGCUACGUCAGUCCGAGCAGCUUGGGAAUGCCGGAAAAGAUUUGCAAGUUUGUGGAGUCCAAGGGAAUAACGCAGAAGGUUUAUGACAAUUUGGAAGCUGCCAUCGCCGAAACGGAUGUUCUCUACAUGACCAGAAUCCAGAAGGAACGUUUCAGCUCCGACGAGGAGUACAAUCAGUGUUGCGGCCAGCUGGUUCUGACCCCCCAUAUCAUGACCCGAGCUAAGCGUCGAAUGAUCGUAAUGCAUCCGCUGCCGCGGGUGUUCGAAAUCAGCAAGGAAAUCGACAUCGACCCGCGGGCAGCCUACUUCCGCCAGGCCGAGUACGGUAUGUACGUUCGGAUGGCCAUUCUGGCGAUGGUGCUCGGUAAGUAUUGAUCUACGUCUGUUGGUUUCGUUGGAGAUUUCUUUCAAGACAAAGCAUAGCAUUUUACUGUCUUUUUAUUCCAAUAUAUUCAAUAAGUGAGCGACCAUAUAAUGGUUUUUUAAAGGCCAACAUUUACACAAACUAUUAUGCCAUACAAAAAGAUAUACACAAUACA